AUGCAUUUAGCUAAAAUUGCAGCAUUUGCUCUUCUUGGCUAUACUACCGCUGCAUCUAGUAGUGGCGCAGAAAUUCCAACUCUUGGUUUGACCGACGAAAAUUAUCGUGGCGAGAGACGUUGUGCAGACGUAGAUUGUUUAUAUCAUAUUAGAACUACGGGCUCGCUUCAUACAAAAGAAUUUGCAUUGUACUUGGAGAACAGGCAAGGUGUACCUAUUUCAAUCUUUCACGAUAUCCCUUUUCAACCGGAAACAAGAAAUGAGCCUGAUGUCUUUAACAUGGUCGUCGAAAUACCCCGUUGGAAAAUUGCCAAGUUCGAGACCAAUAAAGAAACCGUCAUGAAUCCUAUCAAACAAGAUGUCGAGAAAGACGGAUCCCUUCGUUAUAUGCCCAACAUGUUCCCGAUGCGAGGUUAUCCGGUGAAUUAUGGCGCUAUCAUGCAAACAUACGAAGAUCCAAACUUUAUAACAUCUGAGACGGGUACUGUGGGCGACAAUGACCCGAUCGAUGUUGUUGAAUUGAGUGAAACGCCCGGAUACGUUGGACAAGUAAAGCAAGUCAAAAUCCUAGGUGGAUUAUGUCUUAUUGACGAAGGUGAAACCGAUUGGAAGGUGGUUACCAUCGAUAUUAACGAUCCUAUGGCACAAUAUUUAAGUAAUAUGGAUGAUGUAGCCCAGCAUUAUCCAGGUUUACAAGAAGUAAUCAGAGACUGGUAUACAUACUAUAAAGUUCCUUAUGAAGGAGUUCAAAACACAUUUGGAUUUGGCGGCCGGUAUAUGGAUAAGGAAUACAUGACAAGCAUUGUUUAUGAAACACAUGACCUUUGGCGUGCACUGAUUGAAGGGAAAGCAGAAAGAGCCGAUAUUCAGACUGCGACAUUAACCAACGUAGACUCACCGUACAAAGUGGAUGCAAGUAGCCCUGAAGUUCGAUCCGUGCCAAAGAACGAUCCUCAACCACCCACGCCACCACCAGAAAAAUAUCAACGAUGGUCAUUUGUACCAUCAUUCUUUAAAGAUCGACCAUAA